AUGCAGGACGGUCGUGCACCAAGAAUCAAAAAUCGGGCGCCAGCUGCGAUCCAGAUCACAGCUGAGCAGCUCCUCAGAGAGGCUCAAGAGCGGCAAGAAACCGCGUUCCGCGCACCUAAACAACGAGUCGAAGAUUUCGAAGAGCUCCAUGAAUACCGCGGCCGGAAAAGAAAGGAAUUUGAGGAGAGGAUUCGAAGAACACGAGGGAGCAUCAAAGAAUGGUUACAGUACGCGAACUGGGAGGCUUCUCAAAAUGAAUUUGCGCGUUCGCGGUCUAUUUUCGAGCGUGCUCUUGAUGUCGACCCACGCAGCGUCCAACUCUGGCUAUCCUACACCGAAAUGGAGCUGAAAUCUCGCAAUGUCCAACAUGCCCGCAAUCUCUUCGACCGUGCCGUCACCCUCCUUCCGCGCGUCGACCAACUCUGGUACAAAUAUGUCUACCUGGAGGAACUUCUGCAAAAUGUCCCUGGGGCCCGUCAGGUGUUCGAGAGGUGGAUGCAGUGGGAACCAGAUGACAAGGCGUGGCAGGCAUAUAUCAAGUUGGAGGAACGGUACCAGGAGCUUGACAGGGCAAGUUCGAUUUACGAGCGAUGGGUUGCUGUGAGACCAGAGCCCAGGGUGUGGGUAAAGUGGGGGAAGUUCGAAGAAGAAAGGAAUCGCUUCGACAAAGCGAGGGAAGUCUUUCAGACUGCGCUGGAAUUCUAUGGUGAUGACGAAGAACAGGUGGAGAAGGCUCAAGCGGUCUUCAACGCGUUUGCAAAGAUGGAGACACGGCUGAAAGAGUUUGAACGUGCUAGGGUCAUCUACAAGUUCGCCCUUUCCAGGAUCCCAAGAUCUAAAUCCGCUGCUCUCUACGCUGCCUAUACCAAAUUUGAAAAGCAGCACGGAACACGGAACACUCUCGAAAACACUGUUCUUGGAAAAAGACGGAUACAAUACGAAGAGGAGAUUUCGCAUGACGGAAAGAAUUAUGAUGUCUGGUUUGACUAUGCCCGAUUAGAAGAGGGUGCCUAUCGAGAUCUCAAAGACGAGGGCAGCACUCAGGAAGAGCUGGAUGCAGCCAUCGGACGUGUCCGGGAAGUCUACGAAAGGGCUGUUGCCCAGGAUUACCCACGGACGCGACAAAUAUACCAAACAGCCAUCCAGCUUGUUCCCCAUAAGCAGUUCACAUUCGCCAAACUGUGGCUCAUGUUUGCCAAGUUUGAAAUUAGACGAUUGGAACUUCCCGCGGCUCGCAAGAUCCUAGGUACGGCCAUCGGAAUGUGCCCGAAAGAGGCGCUUUUUAAAGGCUAUAUUGACUUGGAAGUUGAGCUUCGUGAAUUCGAUCGUGCACGGACAUUGUAUGAGAAAUAUCUAGAGUGGGAUCCCUCGAACUCGAGCGCUUGGAUCAAAUUCGCCGAACUCGAAGCACAACUCCAGGAUUUCGCUCGAACUCGUGCCAUAUUCGAGCUUGCCGUCUCACAAUCACCGUUAUCAAUGCCCGAACUUUUAUGGAAGGCAUACAUCGAUUUCGAGGUCGAGGAAGGCGAGAGACAGACGGCGAGGGCAUUGUACGAGAGGUUGAUUUCUCUCAGUGGACACGUUAAAGUCUGGAUUUCAUAUGCGCUCUUUGAGGCUGAGCCCAUACCGCUUCCUAGGGCGGAGAGAGAAGAAGAGGAGGAGGAAGAGGAGGAAGAGGAGAGAAAGAUGGUUCCCGGUGACGUUGAUCUGGCUAGACAAGUCUUCGAACGCGGCUAUAAAGACUUGAAGAGCAAGCAGUUAAAGAGCGAGCGUGUGGCCCUUCUAGAGGUAUGGAAGACGUUUGAGCAGAACCAUGGUGGCCCCGAGGAUGUCAAGAAGGUGCAAGACAUGAUGCCUAUCGUCACCAAGAAACGUCACGUCGAUCAAGAAACAGGACAGACUGUCGAAGACUGGGAUUUGGUGUUUGCGGACGACGAACGCGAGUCGAAUCCAACGUCAUUCAAAUUCAUGCAGAUGGCUCAUGCGUGGAAGCAAGCCCAAGCAAAAAAUGCGGCGGGUGGUGGCUCGUCUUCGCUGUUGUCUGGGUUCACUGCUGCCUCCGCCACCAAAGCGAGCGAAGAGGAUGAAUCGGAGGAAGAGGACCAGGACCAGGACCAGGACGUUGCAAGCUCAGACGAAGGAAGCGGCGAUGAAGAAUAG